CGAGCAUUCUUCGCGCCAAAAUAUAAAUAAGGUAAUGGAAGCAUCAUAAGAAAACAGAUAAACAUACCAAAUACUGCAACGAUCUCUCGGCUGAGGACCUGAAAACACAAAAUGGAAGCUGAGGAUGAUCUUAACGUCUUGGCUGCACUGUUAGAUGAUGAUGAUGACAACGAUGAUGGUGACAACGAUGAUGCUUUUCUUAAUGAAGCUGCUGAAUUGUGUCCGGAAACAAAAACACCAACAUCACCAACCACUCAAACUUCAACCAAAGAGACAAGCUCAAUAUCCUGUAUAGAAACCCCCAAAUUAUUAGAACCACCUAAAAAACAAUCAGUAAAAAGGAAGAGAGAAGAAACGUCAGCAAAAGAAGAAGCAUCAAAGAAGGUUCCUGGUAACAAAGAAAAGGAUGUUCAAAUGGAUGCGUUCUCUGGCUUGUACAUUAUUAAUCCUCUCAUCUCAUCAACAAGCAUGUCAAAUAGAAUGGAAGGACGCAAAAUGAUUCUUAUUUCAAACAUAUCAAGGUUAUUGAAAGGAAAGGAUGCUGACUAUGAUUGGGUGACUAUAGGUGUCCUUGCCAAGAAGCUUCCUGCAAAAACCAGCUCAAAUGGCAAAACCUAUGGGAUCUGGAAACUUUCAGAUCUUGGAGCAACAACUGCAAAUGAUACUGUCGCACUGUUCUUGUUUGGGGAAGUGUAUAAAAAACACUGGAAGACCACAGAGGGGAGUGUUAUUGCAUUACUCAAUCCAUCUAUACUCCCUGCUAAAGAGAAACAGUCUCAGGAGCUAGCCCUUACACUGGAUAAUCCUAAGAAACUGAUGAUGAUGGGCAUUAGUAGAGAUUUUGGCCACUGCUUGGCUCUCACAAAGAAGGAUGGAAAAUCAUGCACCAACAUCGUUAACAAGCAGUAUGGGGAGUUCUGUGAAUAUCAUAUCACUUCAGCAUACAAGAAAGUUCAAUCGCGAAGAAUAGAACUGCAGUCAGAGUACAAAACUCCAAACAAAAGUCCUCUUAUCAAGAAGCUCUGUAAAGACAUGUCUUCCUCAACAUUCAUGUAUCAGGGAAAAACACUAACCUUGAACAGUGCUGCACCACAGAAGACCAAAAAUGUGUCCUUGGCUGCUCUUGACAACGCACAAAAUGUUAAAACCUCACAAGUAACAGCUAUAAAGGAAAAGCCUUCGAAAACUACAACGAACAACACUGAUAAACCAUCCACGCAUUUUCUAGACUUAUUGGCACAGCCGUCUGUGGGCACCAGGAAUCUCGUCAAGUAUCUACACUUGGAUAAAGAAAAACAGGAAAACAAAAAAGAAACAGUAAAAGAAAUGUCCGCAUCCCAACUACUCAAGAACCACAAUCGAGAUGUUCAAAAGUCUAGGGAGGUAGCAAGAACCAAGUCAUUGGUACCAAUGCUAGGGAAAGGUAUCCAACCAGGUGGAGAUAUCGUAUUUGAUGGCUUCCCUCAAAAGACGAGUAAAUCAUCUGCGCUCGCAAAGCAUCGCGCUUUAUCUAUGAUUCGUAGCAAAGGACCUCUCGAAAAAAGCAAUCCAAAUGCCGUCAAGAAAAAGAUUUCACCCUUGGCAAACAAGAAUGUAGAACAACGAGUGGAGAGUAAUAUAAACAGCAGCACAAUACAGUCAAAUGAAAAUUCCAGUCCAGAAAACCAGCCAAAGAAGAGAAGACUCUUGGGUCCCGAGUUUGGUGUCAUUAACUUAAAUUCAAACGAAGGCAAAAGAUUACUGCGUGCAAAAUCUUUGCACAACGAUCAAGUAGAAUCGGUGCAAGCAGAAAGGCAGGAAAAAUAUUUCAACGAACUCGAGAAGAAAGAAAGAUUAGAGGAUAAGAUGAAAGCCAUCAAGGAACUCACCGUGACGGUCUAUUGUUGUAAGAAGUGUAAAUACAUAGAUGAAAGUGCGGCAGACAUUUGCUUCAAGGAAAAUCACCCACUCAAGAAAACCAAAGCUUCAAAGCGGUUCUUUGCUUGCAAACACUGUGGAACUAGAGCUAUUAGCUAUUCUUCAAAGUUACCAAAGGUUACAUGCAGCAACUGCGGUGAAAUGAAUUUUGAAAGAGCUUCAAUGUAUAUGGAAAGAAAAGGGCCUAAAAUUGGCGGAGAGACGUUAUUAGUCAGAGGAGAAGAACAGCCAAAGUAUUUUAAUUCUAUUCAAAGUUGAAAUCAUUAGAACAUAUUGGGUUCAAAAUCUGAUUUUACCGACGUGCCGUACCGUGUUUAUUAUAAGUGCUUUCCUUCAAGGCACUAAAACCACCAGUACCUAAUUAGAAAGGCCAAGUUUGGGCUACCUGUGGGCAAAUCGUUCUCAUUGGUUCAGAAGUAGACGUGCGCGGUGAUUGGUUGAGCGGAUUUGGUCGGUUCCGUGUCAUGAGCGUACCGCGCGCGCCGUAUUCUUUUUAACAUUCAUACCAAAAAACAAGUACUCUAUAUAGACGAACCUUUUUUAGUUUGAACAUUAAUUUUUUUUUUAAUCUCAGAUUCCUUUUUUGUAUUCGGUUUUCCAACUGUUCUCGUUCUCUUGAGUAUUAUAGCUUUAUCUUUCAGUCGUAUUUAAAAUUUACAUUGAUAUGGAUUAAUUAACUCAAACUUUUUAUACACCAAUGGUACAGGAUGCCAUAUUUCAUGUCAGGAAAGUUAAAGUGAUUCUAAAGUUUAAAUAAAUAUUAAAGUAUCGAGAUUAGGAAAAACUGGACGGGUGAGAAUUUCAAUCCUAAUGGGGGGAGGGAAAGAGUUUAUGCCUCAUUAGGGAAUUCAAUUAUGCUGCUAUUGCCGGUUUAAUAUCGUGCUUAUACACGUGGCAGGCGAAACGAUUCGAUAAAUGAUAGACACGUUAGAAUUAUUAGAAUUGAAGUCUUAGAACUAUCUAACCACAUCUAUACAGCAAGUCGUAUUUCAUUAUUUGAAAACAGCUUGUUUUGUAAAGAACACUGAUUGAUAAGUUAGAAGGUAGCAAACUGGCAGACUGUCUUAGGUGCGUUUAAAAAAAGUUAAAACUAAAAUACAGACUUUGUAUAUAAUGUUAAGUAGGACAAUGUUGAAAUAUCUACAUGUAACUCACAUCUGAUGUGUUCGAGUUGUAUGGCUUUCUAACGUCUUUUAAAGGCCAGUGAAUGGAAUUGA